GCACUGAUAAGAACGCGUUCAAUCAUCAGCAUAUUUAAAAGCAUAAACUUUAGCGCUACUGUAUAUAAACAAAAAGUGCGCUCGCUUGCUGUUGAAAAUGUCUUGUUGCGCCAACGAGCCCUACAUCGGCCCACCCCUAGACCGGACCUGUUUCGGGGGCUCCUACAUCGUCUUCAUGCACCUCCUCAACACCCUCAUCACCCAACAGUGCGACGUAUCCGAAAUCUGCCAACGAAUCAACCCACAACUCCAACCUGACUCCGAAUACGACUUCGUGGUGAUCGGAGGUGGAGCUGGGGGUUCUGUGGUGGCGGGACGUUUAUCAGAAAACCCCAACUGGAAAAUUCUCCUCAUCGAAGCCGGCGGCGAUGAACCUCCAGGUUCACAAGUCCCCUCCAUGAUGAAUAACUACCUGGGGGAUUCACAAAUGGAUUGGAGAUAUCGGACGGAGCCCCAGGAAAUGGCCUGUCUUGGGAGGCCUGGGCGGAGGUGCGAUUGGCCCAGAGGGAGGGUUUUGGGGGGCAGUGGCGUCAUACAUGGGAUGAUGUACAUGCGGGGGCUUCCAAGUGACUACAACGAGUGGGAAGCGAGAGGGAAUGAGGGUUGGGGUUACAAGGACGUGGAGGAGUACUUCAAGAAGUCGGAAGGGAACCGGGAUAUUGGUGAUGGGGUUGAAGGGAGGUAUCAUAGCUCUGAUGGUCCCAUGUUGGUCCAGAGGUUUCCCGAUCAGCCCCAAAUUGCUGAAGAUGUUUUGAGGGCUGGGGCGGAGUUGGGGUAUCCAGUGGUUGGGGAUUUGAACGGGGAGCAGCAUUGGGGGUUUACCAUUGCACAAGCAAAUAUUAAGAAUGGAUCGAGAUUAAGCAGUGCCAGAGCUUUCCUGCGUCCAGCUCGCAAUCGUCCAAACUUACACGUGAUGAUCAAUUCAACAGCCACCAAAAUCCUGAUCAAUAGUAACGACACAGCAAAAACAAUCUCAGCAGUAGAAUUUACGUACAAUAACCAGUCUUUUACCGUAAAAGUGAGACGCGAAGCUAUCGUAUCAGCUGGUGCAAUCAACACACCUCACCUCCUUUUACUAUCUGGAAUAGGCCCUAGAGAAGAACUAGACAAAGUGGGGAUCGAACAGGUCCAUAAUUUGCCAGGUGUUGGCCAAAACCUCAAAAACCACGUAUCGUUUGCGGUAAAUUUCCAAUUGACAAAAAUCGAAAAUUAUAACGACUUGAACUGGAACACUGUGAGGGAGUAUUUGACGGAGAGAAGAGGCCCCAUGUCUUCGACCGGAGUCACACAAGUCGCUGCCAGAAUUAGCUCGAAAUAUGCCAAUCCUGAUGGCAAAAAUCCCGACUUGCAAUUCUUCUUUUCGGGCUUUUUGGCGCAUUGUUCGCUGUCGGGAGGAGUCAAGGAACCAGAAGACCCCACAAAUCCCACAGCUGCGAAAAGUUUUACCAUAAGACCGACUUUUCUAAGGCCAAGAAGUCGCGGUUUUAUCGGACUGAAUUCCAGAGAUCCAAAGGAGCCACCUCUCAUGCAACCAAAUUACUUGACUGAUGAGGAAGACGUCAAACGAAUGGUUGCAGGAAUUCGGAUUGCUCAAAAUUUGGCAAACACUACAAUCCUUACUACAAAGUAUGGUAUACAAAUGGUGAACACUGAUUAUGGAGACUGUUCUAGAAACUACACUUUCGACUCGGAUGAAUUCUGGGCAUGUGCUUUGAGGUAUGAUACGGGUCCAGAAAAUCACCAGUCUUGUUCCUGCAAAAUGGGUCCGGCUUCGGACCCAUCGGCGGUAGUGGAUCCGAAAUUGCAAGUUCAUGGUAUUGAAGGUCUCAGGAUUAUGGAUGCGUCAGUGAUGCCUACAGUUCUCUCGGGAAAUACGCAUGCAACCGUUGUGAUGAUUGCUGAGAAAGGUUCUGAUUAUAUCAAGCAGAAAUGGAGUGAUAAAUAAAAUUUUAAAUCAAA